GAUACCAGUGUAUCAUAUUUUAUAAAUGGAUCAUAUAUUUUGUGUGUGUGCAAAAUGUUCAUCUGCAAAGUAAGCACUAACUAUGGCUGUCUGGAGUCGGGGUGUAAAUGUUAAGUUCCAGAAAAUUGAAUACUCAAGUACAAAUACCUCAAAAAUGUAGCCUACUUCAAUACAGCAAUGUCUAUCUACUUUCCACCACUACUGACUACACUUUCACAGUGUCCAUGUUCUGUGGAUAUGUGUCGUCAUGUUUUUCUGCAAGGAUUCAAUGAAUCAUCUUAUCUUUGUUUAAACUGGCCCAGCCUUAAAUAUUUAGAGUCAAGGAUUUGGCAUUGAAGGAGCUGCAUAAAAGCGUGGCCCCCGCAGCAGCUCAGGACCUUUUACUUCCUGCACAGCUCGUGUGAUGCCUGGCCUCUGCUGAAACAGACCCCGUCUUUUUGGGCCCUCUGCUGUGGAUAUGGCUUGGUUUCUGUUGUUUUUGUGUGUGCUUUUGGCCGUGGGCCUGGCUUUGUUAUUACUGCAGUUGAAACUCAGGGUGUCCGCGCACGGCCUCCAGGAGCCCCCCCGCCUCCCAGCGAUACCCCUGAUCGGCAGUCUGCUGAGUCUGUGGAGCACGCUACCUCCUCAUGUGCUUUUCAAAGAACUGCAGGGGAAAUACGGACAGACGUACUCUCUGAUGAUGGGCUCCCACUGUGUCGUCGUUGUCAAUCAGUCUGCGCACGCUAAAGAAGUCCUGCUGAAGAAGGGAAAGAUAUUUGCAGGAAGACCCAGAACUGUAACCACAGAUAUUCUGACCAGAGAUGGGAAAGACAUCGCAUUUGGAGACUACAGUGCUACCUGGAGAUUCCACAGGAAAAUAGUCCACGGAGCUCUGUGCAUGUUUGGAGAGGGCUCUGCCUCAAUCGAGAAGAUCAUCUAUGCAGAGGCCGAGUCUCUGUGCUCCGUCCUGUCUGAGGCAGCAACUGCUGGACUGGCCCUGGAUCUGUCUCCGGAUCUGACUCGGGCCGUCACCAACGUCAUCUGUUCGCUCUGCUUCAACUCCUCCUACCGCCGAGGGGACCAAGAGUUUGAGGCCAUGCUGCGCUACAGCCAGGGCAUCGUGGACACUGUGGCAAAGGACAGCCUGGUGGACAUCUUCCCCUGGUUACAGAUUUUUCCCAAUGAAGACCUGCGUCUUCUGAAGCAGUGUGUGUCAACCAGGGACGAACUUCUACAGAAGAAAUAUGAUGAACACAAGGCAGACUACAGUGACCAUGUGCAGAGAGACCUGCUGGACGCUCUGCUGAGAGCCAAACGCAGCGCGGAGAACAACAACACGGCAGGGAUCAGUGCGGAGUCCGUGGGUCUCAGUGACGACCACCUCCUCAUGACCGUGGGAGACAUCUUUGGAGCCGGUGUGGAAACCACCACCACCGUGCUCAAAUGGGCCAUCACCUACCUCAUCCAUCAUCCACAGGUGCAGAAGCGUAUCCAGGAGGAGCUGGACAACAAGGUAGGGAGGGAUCGGUCCCCCCAGCUCAGUGACAGAGGCAGUCUGCCCUACCUGGAGGCCACCAUCAGGGAGGUGUUACGGAUUCGCCCUGUGGCCCCUCUGCUCAUCCCCCAUGUGGCCCUCAGUGACACCAGCAUCGGGGAUUUCACAGUGAGGAAAGGAACUCGAGUCAUCAUAAACCUGUGGUCUCUGCACCACGAUGAGAAGGAAUGGAAAAACCCUGAGCUCUUUGACCCUGGUCGGUUCUUGAACAGCGAAGGCACAGGUCUGAUCAUCCCGUCGUCCAGCUACCUGCCAUUCGGUGCUGGGGUUAGGGUGUGUCUGGGCGAGGCCUUGGCCAAGAUGGAGCUCUUCCUCUUCCUGUCGUGGAUCCUACAGCGCUUCACCCUCUCUGUCCCACCGGGCCACUCUCUGCCCAGUCUGGAGGGCAAGUUUGGCGUGGUCCUCCAGCCAGCCAAGUACAAGGUGAACGCCAUGCCCAGACUAGGUUGGGAGAGCAACAAGUGCCAAUCAUGUUGAGAUGGGCCUCAUGUUCUCAACAACAAUGCUUUCAUUUGUGACCUGAGAGUCUGUGGGGCUUUUUUUCAGCCAAACAUACAGUACAUCGUGCAGACCGAUGAUCAAGCUUGAAGCAGUGAACUGGACAUUAACAUCUCUUGUAUGCAUGACAUUUAUUAUUAUUUCUUCAUAAUGUAACCCAAUCUCAAUCAGCAGUUCUGUACAUUAUUUAUAAAUAAAAGUUGGGGUGUAAUAUACAA